CUGCGCGCCGCGCCUGCGCGCCCCUCCGCUGCCAGAGGACGAGGCGCGGGAGACGCGUUCGGCUCGGGAGUAGCUUGUGGAGGCGGCCGCGGCUGUCGACAUGGACAACGCAGGGAAGGAGCGAGAGGCGGUGCAGCUGAUGGCGGAGGCCGAGAAACGAGUCAAGGCCUCCCACUCCUUCCUCCGCGGGCUCUUUGGAGGAAACACAAGAAUAGAAGAGGCUUGUGAGAUGUAUACCAGAGCUGCAAAUAUGUUCAAGAUGGCCAAGAAUUGGAGUGCUGCAGGAAACGCAUUUUGUCAGGCGGCCAAGCUCCACAUGCAGCUGCAGAGCAAACACGACUCGGCCACCAGCUUUGUGGAUGCCGGGAACGCCUACAAGAAGGCAGACCCGCAAGAGGCUAUCAACUGCUUAAAUGCAGCCAUCGACAUUUACACAGACAUGGGAAGGUUCACGAUCGCGGCCAAGCACCACAUCACCAUCGCGGAGAUCUACGAGACGGAGCUGGUGGACAUCGAGAAGGCUAUCGCCCAUUACGAACAAUCAGCUGAUUAUUACAAAGGGGAAGAAUCCAACAGCUCGGCCAACAAGUGUCUGCUGAAGGUGGCAGCGUAUGCUGCCCAGCUGGAGCAGUACCAGAAGGCCAUUGAGGUCUAUGAGCAGGUUGGGGCCAGCACCAUGGACAACCCUCUGCUGAAGUACAGUGCAAAGGAUUACUUCUUCAAAGCCGCCCUCUGCCACUUCAUCGUGGACGAGCUGAACGCCAAGCUUGCUCUUGAGAAAUAUGAGGAAAUGUUUCCAGCAUUCACAGAUUCAAGAGAAUGUAAACUAUUGAAAAAACUUCUGGAAGCUCAUGAAGAGCAGAACAGUGAAGCUUACACGGAAGCAGUGAAGGAGUUCGACUCCAUCUCACGCCUGGACCAGUGGCUCACCACCAUGCUGCUUCGCAUCAAGAAGUCCAUCCCGGGGGAUGGCGAUGGCGACGGUGACCUCAAGUGAAGCCCUGUCGUCGUGGCGAGUGGCAGGGUUAGCCCAGGGAUCGUCAUGGAUGCCAUCCAGUGGCUUCAUUUUGUUGCACACGAGCCACACGUGUGUCCCUGUGGGGCGGACGGGGAGGCGCCUGUGUGUUAGGAGUGUGACACGCUGCUUCACGCUUGUCAGAGCCCCCAGGGUUUUCCGAGAACUUCUUCAGUCUUAUUCCUGUUACUUUGAUGUGUGCAGAGCUCGUGCUUCAUUUUGCCACCUCUUUAUAUGUCCUUUUUCUCGGCCUAAGUACCAACCCGGUUGAUCCAAUAGGCGCAGUGCAUUUUCUGUGAACUCGCAGCCGUCUUCUCCUCUCAGUGUGUGUUUAGUUAGGAUGGUGGCUUGGAAUGCGUUUGUGAUUCCCCUCGGUAGAAAUUAUCUCUCCUUUUUGUUAUCUUGUGCUUCUUUAGAUGGUGCUGGUGACCAGUUUCUUUGCUUUUUUAUACUGUUCUGUGGCUAAUGUGCAUGUGAAAAUUUGGAGCAGCCGGAGUCUGCCAGUGCCACAGCUGCGAGCAGGGAGCUUCCCAGCGCUUCUUGCUGGCGUGUGGGGCUGCGUGUGGAGGCGAGGCUGGUCUUGCACACGCGUACACACACACACACACACACACAGGCCCCUGCAAUGUGGCGCUUCCCGUUCCUGUUGAGAGUAUCUGCUUUAGUUGGGGUGGAGCCCUUGCCUGUUUUCACAUAAAGGGGUAUAACUGCACGUCCCUUUCCUCCACUUCUGUGCUACACGCUCUUCCACGUUGAGAUGUGCCACGCCCAUGUGCACCCCUGCCAGGGCCAGGAGCUUGUCUGAGGGAAGCUGGAGAAGGUGUGUUGUGGUUUUAUCCCCGUGUGGACGUGCUGGGCCAGGUGGGGGUGAGUGAGUCGCCUCAGAGGUUUACUGCCAGUGGGUCUGGAAGGAUCCCAGUGAGCUUUGGGAGGCCUGGCUCUUAGCUGGUGGAGUUGUUGGAUCUUCUCUGUUUGAGUUCUGUCCCGUGUAACAUGUAUCCCGUUGACCUGUGGACUUGACCUGCCCAUUGUGUUACACGCUGACCUUGCACUUUAGAUGUGCUCGUUUCCUUGAAUCUCCUCUGAGAAUGUCUUAGGCAUAGAUGGGGUAUGUUUGCUAUGGUCUGGUGCCAGGUGACAACAGGGGACAGACAGAUGACACUUCUAGCGUCUGGCGGAUGGUAAUGGAAUGGUGUUUGUGUUUUUGGAUGACUCUCGACCAGAACUGGUGGCUUUGGGUGUGCCCAGGCCCAGGGCUGUGUGGGGAGGGACGUUUGGGGAUGGGGAGGGUCCAUCUGGGACGGGGGGAGAGAGUGACCGGAGAGGAGGUAGAGAAGGCCAGCUGUGGGGUCACUUGUGAGGGCGAGCUGGUGGAGAGGAAGGUCAGCUGAGGGCCGCAGGAAUGGACUGGGAGACCAGGUGCCCUGCCCUUGGGCCCUGGCACCUGAGAGGAGUCCUUUGUCCCUGCAGAGUCAGCUGGCAAAUGGUGCAUUUGGAGUGGGGCCCGCUUGGUGGUGCUUCGCUUCUGUUGGAAGCUCUGAUGAAAAAUCGUUAAGAGAGCAGGAGUUGGGUUUGGUUGGUGUGCCUGGCCUGGUGCCCAGGUGGCCAGAAGCUCCCCCUGUGGGGUGGCGUGGGGCCUGAGUCCUCUGGGUAUAAGUCUGUCCCAUGAGGAGCUGUGACCUUCUCUAGCCACGUGUUCGCUUCAUUGCUAGUCCCCACAGUUUGUUUCCACUUGUUAACAGAACCUGGUCUGCCCACGUGAAGUACAGGCAGAUUGGUGUCUUUGAAGGCAGUUCACUUAGCUUCUCGUCCUGAUUCCUGGGCACACACACCUGAGGAAAACAACAGUAUUAGCAUCUUUCCCGUCAGAGUUGUUUGUAUUGAAAUGAACACUGGGAUCAGUGCCCGGAUUAAGAUUUUGUUUUUAUAAUAUUUCAUGUGAAAAAUAAUUGUAAUGGCCAGAACAGACCUGCCAGAACAUAAAAGGAAAAUGAGAAGAAGAAAGUUCUAUUAAUGUUGUCCAGACUUCCUCCCUUGAAACCAUCCUCAGUGUGGCCAGAGCUGUGACUUAGAGCCUGGCAAGGUCUCCAGCCUGCAUAGAGAGUCACCUAUGAACAAAGUACAACGACUGUUUAUGUCACAGUCCUUGCAUUUUAGCAAAUCAUUGUUGAGUCAGAAUGAGUUCAGAUUUCUUACAGGAAAGCUUUGCUUUUUGUGGCGAUGUUUUUAUAGCUUGUGUGAGUUUUUUUAUUUAAUGACUUUAACACAGUAUUUUUACAGUUGUGACCAUGUGUGGUGGUGUCACUGUGACUAGUGUGUACAUUUCUUGUUUCCUCUGACCCCGUGCAUUUCAAUGCCUGCCUGUGCCGCAGGCCUCCUCGGGACAUGGGGACACAGCUCGCCCCCCGAAGCGCCCCGUGCCCCUGGGGAGGGUGUGGGAAAACGACCCCUGGCGUGAUAGACCCACCUUUGCAGAAGGAGCCUCUGUUUUGUGUGAGCCUAUAUGUGAAUAAAGUGGUUGUUAUGAGCAGCA